GCAUUGGCAUGACCAAUCCCAGAAUCCCAGUGCGGAGCCACACCAGGGAGUUACACAGUAAUGCAUGCUAGUUCUGUUACAGUACCCUGUAUUAAUUCAGUUAUAGGAUAGGCGUGUGCCUUGGACUAGGAUGUCUUUGUAAGUAAGUAAAUAAAUAAAUAAAUAAAUAAAUAAAUGGAUAAAACAACAGUAUCGGAGUCUGGAGAUCCCGGUAUGAACACUACCCGCGACAGCAGUGAUCGGCGUUUCAAUAGCUCAAACACUGGAAAGAGAAAGAUGAACGCCACUGCUUCGGGUUCCAGUGAGAACGCCAGCGCCUCGGACAGAAAACGAAAAAUGACUGUUUCUGACAAGGAGUCGGGCAAAAAGCCGCACCUGUCAGCAUUGAUCCUGGCGAGGGGCGGCAGCAAAGGCAUCCCCUUGAAAAACAUCAAGGUGCUGGCGGGGGUGCCGCUGAUCGGAUGGGUGCUCAGGGCUGCGUUUGAUUCCGGGGUAUUCGACAGCGUGUGGGUCUCAACAGACCAUGCUAAGAUUGCAGAGGUGGCUGAGGAGUUCGGUGCUCAGGUCCAUCGCAGGAGCCCGAAAGUUUCAACAGACUCCUCGUCUUCCUUAGAUGCCAUCCAGGAGUUUCUGAGGCUGCACAAAGAGGUUGAUAUCAUUGGAAACAUUCAAGCCACCUCCCCGUGCCUCCACCCCAUCCACCUGCAGGAUGCGACGAGGAAGAUCCGGGAGGACGGCUGCGACUCCGUCUUCUCUGUCGUGAGGCGCCACCAUUUCCGCUGGCAGGAGGUCAAGACAGGAGGUGUGGAUACCAAACCCCUGAACCUGGACCCUGCCAACAGACCUCGCAGACAGGACUGGGAUGGGGAGCUCUGUGAGAAUGGCUCCUUCUACUUUGCAUCAAGAGAGUUGAUAGAGAAAGGAUAUUUACAGGGUGGUAAAAUGGCCUACUACGAGAUGCUUCCUGAAUUCAGUGUAGAUAUUGAUAUAGACAUCGACUGGCCAGUCGCGGAGCAGAGAGUACUCAGGUUUGGAUACUUUGGGAAGGACCAGCUGGAGCAGGUGAAGCUGCUUGUGUGCAAUAUUGAUGGGUGCCUGACCGACGGGCAGGCGUAUCUGUCUGCUGGGGGAGAGGAGCUGGUGUCCUGGAACAUCAGAGACACCACGGGGAUCUCCACGAUCCAGGAGCAGGGAGUGGAGGUCUGUCUCAUCUCAUCCAGAGACUGCCCUAUACACAAACUGCUAGCCAAAAAGAUUGGCUGCCAAUUAGAACAGAAUGUAGCAAACAAACUGGAAGUUCUGGAGCUUUGGAAAAGCAAAAAGAAACUGUCAUGGGAGCAAGUGGCUUAUAUUGGUAAUGAUGAAAGUGACGUGGAGUGCCUGAAGAAGGCUGGGGUGAGUGGGGUCCCCCACGAUGCCUCCUCGGACGCUGUGAAAGCUGCGGGGUACACCUGCAGGAACAGCGCUGGACGUGGGGCGGUGCGCGAGUUCGCUGAUCACAUCCUGCUGCUCGGUGAACAGGCCAGGGCUAAGAGCCAGCAGAAAAAUCACUGAAGAGCGUGUGUAGCUAACAAACGAACAGUGACAUAAAUCUUACCUGUUGCACACUACCAGUUUUGAAUGAAACAGACGUCUUCGCGAGCAUGUAUUUUAAUUUUAAAACUUUCCGUUUUAACCAGGUGAAGGAAAUCUGUUUGCAAGCCUUGCUUUAGAUAGUUUUGCACUUCCUUCAAAUCUCCCCCACCCCUUCAACCCCUCCUUUCCUGUCAUAAACUGAACAGCUGCUUCCCCUGUUCAUUGACAUGCUUUGCAGUCAGCUUUGACCCAGAAGGCACAGCUGUGUUUAAAUGACCUAGGAAGUGAAUCUGUAACAGAUUUCUUUGAAAGUGCGGCAAAAAAACAGCAAACUUAGUUGAACAGCUUUACCGCAUGUUUGAGACCUGUGUAAGGACUGGAAGUACGUGACAGGCAAGAUUUAUGAAAUCAUUUGGUAAACUACAACCUCUUUCAGGCAUGAACAGACCAACAGACCUCUAUUUAGGUUUGUCUUUCCCUUCUUUAGCAGUGUCCGCCUUGUUUGGUCUAGGGCAUGUGCUGCAGAUUCCCCCUGUUCCAAAUUCAAAAUGACAAAUUUGAUUGCAGUCAUAUGAAAUAAGAAGAUUACGAAGGGCUCUCCUAAUGUAGUGGAUGAGGAAAGCAGCUCAGAUGCUGACCAGCACAACUCCGUGUGUAAAGGGUAACGUUGGGGCAUGUUACUUUGUUAGAUUAUUCUCUGGCGUGCGUUAUUUGCACCAAUAGUCUGUUGAGAAAGUCCCAGUUGGUUUAUAAAUAGGCUUAAACAAGCAGUGUGUGUCUCCAGUCUGUUCAGCUCACACAAUCGUGCCUGAUGCAUCUGCCUGGUAACGCUAUCCGUGGGGAAAAUGCUGCCGACACAGGGAUAUUUUACAAACAGCUGCUUCUACUACAGCAACAAAAUGAUAAUGUGAUUCAAAUGGCAGCUAAGCAGAACCUCAAAUAACGGGUCAAUCGAACGCUAGUUCUUUUAAAAAAAAAAAAAAAGUUUGUAAGUGUAUUCAUCCCUAGAUUUACACCCUGAACCAUAUUAUUCCAGUACAGAAAUGGUGCCUGUUCUUUUUGGUUUACUAACCAAACAUACACAUGCUAUAUAGUCUAUGGAUUCUGAAGAUGAAUACAACGCUAACUUGGGGCAGCAGUGUGGAGUAGUGGUUAGGGCUCUGGACUCUUGACUGGAGGGUCGUGAGUUCAAUCCCAGGUGGGGGACACUGUUGCUGUACCCUUGAGCAAGGUACUUUACCUAGAUUGCUCCAGUAAAAAAAAAAAAACUGUAUAAAUGGGUAAUUGUACGUAAAAAUAAUGUGAUAUCUUGUAACAAUUGUAAGUCACCCUGGAUAAGGGCGUCUGCUAAGAAAUAAAUAAUAAUAAUGCCCUUCAGUGGGUUUAGGGCAGUUCAACUCUAAUAUCAAGAAUCUAAGCUAUUGAAAUCCAAAAUGCUGAUGCAGACUGCCUGACUGACAGUCUUUUUGAUUUACAUUUUUAAUUAAAAAAGCAAUAUUGCUUUUUAUUUUAUCUAGAAAGUCCUGUAUCUAAUUGUGAUGGAACCUGGUCAUGAAGUAUCAGGUUAGAUAUGUGGGAAUCUGCUUGUAAUGAUACAGAUGGCUCUAAUUUUCUAUGUCAAUUGCAUCAUGUAUGUUUGUGUUGCAAUAGCAAACCUGCUUACAUUUCUAGUAAGUCGAUCAGCUAGUGCCCGGUGUGAUACUGUAAUGAUUACUUUAUUAAUAAUAAUGAUGGAGCUCUCGAUUUUGAGAAUCUAGUUAAAUGAUUUUGUUUGAAUAGUGGAUGACUUUCUACAAUAGGGUGAGAGGUGUUGCAUGGGGUUUAUGCAUCACGGUGUGGUAUGGAGAAUUAAAACUUAAAGUUGAUUUGUGAAGUUUUCUUUCUUUCUUUUUUUUGUUUUUAAGGACAAUGAAGAAUUCCUUGCCAUGUAUUAAAUACAGGUUUGAUAUAAUGAUUCUGAUAAUGAAGGGUUGUUUAAUAAAUGGGUCAUGACA